AUGGCAGCUCAGUCGAUUCGCGCUCAAAACCGUCGCUCCAGCUAUUUCCGGCAGUUCAGCGAGCCGGCCUGCAGCCGGGGCAGCGAGAAUCGACCGGUCAAGCGGACCUUGUCGGGGAGCUCGCUGUUCCCGGACUGGCAGGAGAUCGCGCAGACUGCCAGCAAUUCAGGGCUCUACCGCUUCUUCAAAAAGGGUAAAGUUUGGCGGAUUUGCAUAAUUUGGGGAUUAGGAAGGGGUCUGGUUGUUUUUUCUUGAUGACUAACGAUUUAAAAAGAAUUUACUACAGUCAAAACUGUGAGUAAUGAGGUUACAGGGUUUUUUAAAUUAUUCAGAUUUUCUUUGGAGUUUAUAUUUUAAAUAGGUGCUUCUGUGGUUCUGUUUAACAAAGAAUGUUUCGAUUAUAAUCGGCCUUCUGAUUUGGCCAAGGAAAAGCCAAAAAAUGGGCUAGCCUAAAGGCUAGUCCUACCUUUUGCUCUAAACUUGUUGACCGACUGCAGCUAAUGAUUAAAAUGAAUUCAAAAUGAGUAUUUUAAACCACAAAUUCACACUUUGUUAUAGGUGAAUACACUUUCAAUGUACUAUUCCAACCCAACGUAAACAAAGUUUUUCAAACCACUAGAUAACGUACUUUAAGUUAGCUAGCCAAGCACUUUCAGUCUUUUCCAAAUUUCAAAAAAUUUCAUAAAAAAUCGACCGUAUAUCAAUAAGGAUGGCACCAUCCAUCUGAUGGUAUUGUGUUUUACAUGUGGUUUCAUGCAAUCAUUAAUAUUCAAGACGGGCCUCUCCUCCUGAUUAAUGACUUCAGACCUUCGGAUCCUUUGGUUUAUAUUUCCAAGUGUAUGUGUUACUGUAUAGCGGGUGAGCCGUUUGCAUACUUUAUUCCGGCCUGUGGUGUUAUGUUUCGUAUACGAUUGCAAAGAAUUAUUCCAAGUUCUUUGUACUCUUUAGUACUUGGGGUGCAAGUUAGAGUACGUGGAACUUAUAGUAGGGCGUUCGGGUGCUAAGUAGGUCAAGAAGUUCGAGGAAUUGUUGUCUUAGAUAUUGAUUAAGACUGUUAUAUGAUUAGAUAUUACAUGAGAAACGGUCAAAAAGUGCAUAGAAUUGACAUAUAAACAAUUUGGUUGCCUUGAUUUUUGUUCGUAUUACUUAAAUAUAGUACCUAGACUACAAUAGCUAAACUAAUUAUUGAUUUGAUACUAAAUUGUAUUGUCAAUUUAUCUUUUGUCUCACAGUAUUGUAUUGCCAACCCUUAUCAAUACAAAGCAAUUAAAAGAAGUUUGUGGAAUCCGAUACCUAAUUGAAGCAACUCACUUAUCUACUCCAAUAUUCACACUCAUGUAGCACACUUAUGUUAUGUAGCACGUGUUCGUACUGCGAAGUGUAAUGGUCACGCAAUCAGGCCUGGUUAGGGACAAGGUCUAAUCUAAUAAAGGGUCUGGUCGUAUUCAUUUCAUCCAUAUUAGUCUUUGUUUCGAGAUGCCGUCUUCAACGUCCACCAAAACUUUCUCAGCCUUCAAAGGUUUCGUACUUUCGAGUUAUGAUUCAAGUUGUUUUAGAGAUGUUUAAUGUCCUCUUCUCGUUGGCCAAAGACAACGCCAGUCCAGGGACACCGGUUUCGUCGCCAGCCAGUAAGUGGGUUACUGUAUUUUGAAUUUUUAUUCUUUAAGGUUGAGAUUUUAAUGAAUUCGUCUUGAAGACAAUACAAAUUGUAGUAAAUUUGAGGUUAUUAGUGAAUACUCUAGUCAUAGGUAACCAGUAUAUUGACCUGACAGUUAUUGUCCUAUGUACUGUUUUGUCAAGUACUAAGCCUAAAAGAACGAGGACUAUUUGUAAAGUAUAACAAUUUGAGGUUCAAGUAGAGACGGAUUGGUGGCCACCGUCUACAAACAGUAUCGUACUCGAGCACGACUCUUGGAGCCCUAUCGAAGAAUAAAGAAUGCUCUCAAGAAUAUGCAAGAAGAGUACGUCGCUUCGAAGGAGCACAACCUGUUCCUCAGGUACACACACAUGCAACACAUGGUACACGAAGUAAGGAUUACCGAAUGAUUGGUGGUAUAUCAGCUCAUUACCUAAAUGGGCAAUAAUGAACUUUUCAUGUUUUUAUAACCAAUUAGAGGAAAAUUUUGGAAUUUUUUGAAAAUUGGGGCUCCGCUCGUCUCAUACCCUAUCCUCCCGCCCUACCACGCGGCCUUGGCCUUACUCUGUAAAUACGUACCCUGCGAUGUUUACUUAUUUACGCUUUAGGUAAUAUUACUAGAGAAGCAAUACUGGCAGCUGAUUGAUGUCCCUCAACAUGAAGUCUCCGAAACCCCCAAUUCAUACGUCCUACGGUAAUUAAACUUUCCGAUUACUGACAUUAGUAAAAAACAAAAUUUUAUUUCUGACAUUUAGAAUAUGUACUACUAGUUAAUUGUACCAAAAAUGAAAAAAUAUGAACCAGAAGAGCAUACCAUAAUGUAUUUGACGCUACUAUUAGUACUGUUUUUAGUUACUACUACUCCAGUAACUAAAGAUACUACUACAGUAACCAUAACUCAUAGUACAGAAGUAAAAAACUAUAUUAUAGUACCUAAUAGGUAUUACUAAUGAUAGUAGUAGCCUUGUGUCUGUUUUCAGUGUGAUGACACUCCUCGACCAGAAGUCCAACUCUUCGGCCGUAAAGACGGGGGGAAUCGCCAGUUUGUUGGGCACUACCAUUAAUAUCGCCGAAAAGACAAAGGACCAGAGUUUUUACGAAGACAUCCGCGGUAAGAUAUUGUUUAUUCUUCCGGGUUGUGUACAGUACAGCACAUAUAUAAUAUUUCCAAAUAGUACAAUUCGCAUUAAAUUUGAAAAAUCUUUUGGAUUUUAUUGUUUUUGCCGGAUACUGUGCACAGAUUGAUGAAAAAGUUAUGGUGAACGGAAAAACAUUGCUUUACAGAUAGUAUUUUCAAGAGUUGAGUUUUGAAUGAUAGUGAUAAGAUAUUGGACUAACCGGACUUUCAUCCCCAUGAAUAAUAUCCGUUUUCUCGACCUCGCAGUCACAAAGUUUUCGAUAGUAUAAUGAACAAAGAAAACUUCAAAACAUCACAUCUUCUAUAAUAUAAUAUGAUCCUUUCAGCGAUGAGCACGGAGGAACUUCGCAAAGAAUGUGAUCGUUUGUACACAGAACUCUACAAACUCAUCCGCAAAUACCAGAAUCUGCGUGCCAUCGUACGCGAACUGACAGAAGCAUAUCAAGACAGUAGAUACUACCCCAUCGUGCCACGGUACCAUCUCCUCAAAAACAUGAUUAAAAGGGUCCUAAGAGCCCCAGCCUUUUCAGAAGUUUGCCAUGAACAAAACGAAUAA